GAAGCCUCCGGUAUUUUAAGCAAGAUAGCUGGUUAGUGGUUACAAAAGCGGCAUGUUCGGUCAUAUAACCCACUGUAAAGUAGACUUUCGGAACAACUGUUAAGACGAGACCAUGGACAGGAUAGUCAGCCUCCCCAGUCAGCCCAACAAAACAACCAUAGUGACUCUGGUUGAGAACAGCGGUGCCCCCGGCGGGCUGGAACUGGUCAGCUCCUACCAGACCAACAGAGUGGGAGACCCCACGGACCUGAUAGCUCUGGCAUCACAAGUUCAGAAGGGAGAUGAUUUCAUUAAAGCCAACGCUUGCAACAAACUGACAGUCAUCGCUGACCAGAUAAGAUACCUACAGGAACAGGCGAGAAAGGUUUUGGAAGAGGCUAAAAGAGAUGCCGAUCUCCACCAUGCUGCCUGUAACAUAGUCAAGAAACCAGGCAACAUGUACUAUCUAUAUGAGCGACCAUCUGGACAGAAAUACUUCUCCAUCAUUUCCCCAAAGGAAUGGGGCACAAGCUGCCCUCACAAGUUUGUUGGUGGAUUCAAACUCCAGCAUGACAUGUCCUGGACCCCAGUAGAUGAGGUGGAAAAGAGGGAUGCAGAGAUCGCCAUAAUGGACAAACUUCUAAGUCAGCAGACUGCCUUACCUCCAUGCACCGAGCCAAACUUCAAUGGCCUUUCUAACUAAAGGAUGUGGUGGACACACGGUGAAGACAAAUCAUGGUCUUAAUGGACAUAAAUUAAUACUGUGAAAAAUCCAUACAUGGAUUGAAUGAAGUCACAAUGUGACUUGGACUGCCUCACUACAGGUUUUUGUUUGGAAGCAGUCACAACAUUAAGAACCAUGUCUGUUCUUGAAAAGAAAACUAAAAACUGUUUUGACGCUGAACAUUAAAUUUUCGUCCUUUUAAAUCCAAA